GCUGACCUUAGUCGAGGUUAUGCUUCUUCCUCGACAGCCAUGGUACGGCAUGGCGCCAAUCAAGUCUAUGGCCUCGGCACCCCUAUGCAUUUUAUGUCAAAAACUGGAACGCACGAUCUAUGCUACAUGUGCCAUGGACGAGGUGUGAAAGAAUGCCAUCACUGUAAGGGUGGCGGGAAAAAACCAUGCACCGCUUGUUGUGGUACAGGCAGUGUCAGGAAUUUCACGAAGCUGAAAAUUUACUUGUUCCCGUUAAGAUCCUAUUACUUGGUACUCAACUUGACGAUUGAAUUUGAUUCUGAAUAUGAUAGACGAAAACUGGUCCACAAAAUAGUCACUGGGGACCAGUUCUCGCCUAUCAAGUUCAACAUUUUGGAUAUACAAAGUCCUGUACCCCAUAUUCAGAGACCUUAUAAAGCGAGGGUACUUCCCAUAACAAAGUACCCUGUGGAAGAAGUGAAUGAGAAAAGCAAACAAUUCUGUGCACAACAUUUGCAGAACAGCAUGGGAAUGUGCAGAGUCAUAAGGGUAAGAUAAUC